AUGGGUAGCGCAUCCAAUCACAAGGACCUGACCGGGAUCCUAGUAGCACUCACCACACCCUUCACAGACGACAGUUCGAAGAUUGACGAGGGCCGACUCAAAGCACACAUUGACAACCUUAUCCAAAUCGGUGUUCAUGGCAUCGUACCAGGAGGAACGACUGGAGAGUUCACUGCUCUAACGACAGCCGAACGAAAAGAACUUGUUGAGCUCUGCAUCAAAUACGCCGCCGGUCGUGUCCCCGUUGUUGCAGGUAUUGGCGCAUUGAGCACUGUGGAAGGUACAGAUCUGGCGGCACAUCACGCGAAAGCCGGGGCCUCCGCACUCAUGGUCGUGCCACCUUUCUACGACCCCGUCAACUUGAAACAGCUAAAGGAGAUGCUUGGAGAGAUACAUAAGACCUCGGGAUUGGACAUUCUUUAUUACAAUAUACCAUCAGCCAGCGGACUCACGCUCUCGCCCAAAGAGAUUGCAUCACUUUCCGAGGUUGGUGUCAAGUACCUGAAAGACACCUCCGGAAACGCACCCGCGUUCACUGAACUUCUCUUUGGCCACGCCGACAAGAUCACGGCAUUCAAUGGCUGGGACACGUUGACCUUCUACGGCAUGGCUGCUGGCGCAAAAGGCUCCGUGUGGGGCGCAACGAAUGUGAUUCCAGAGCUCUCCGUACAGCUCUGGAAUACCGUUGCGGUUAACGGAGAUCUAAAGAAGGGUAGGGAGUUGUGGCAAAAGAUCUGGCCCAUCUGCGCGUUCUUGGAAGAACACAACUACCCUGCUGCAGUCAAGACAGGGAUGGAGUUGCAAGGUAUCAAGACUGGCGGGCUAAGGAAACCAUUUGGUCUGCUGGAGGGUGAAACACGACAAGAACUUCUUGGUUUGUUGAAGAAUGCGGGGUUGAAGACUGUGUCAUAG